AAAUUGGACAUACCAUAGUUCUGACAGGAGUUUAAAAUGUACAAUCAGAGAGUUAAAAAAAUAAUGAAGUUGGUUAGAGAAGCCACGAGCUGUUCCGAAGAAACGACAGAAGAAUAUAGAAGAGUGGACGAAAAUCACUCCCAAAUGUCUUCGAAGGCACAUACUGACUAUGAACUCAUGUCACUCUCUACAAAUUUACAACCUCCCCCCAGUUUGAUACCAUUCGAGACGACCACUUCUUAUACUCAGAGUUCAAAUUUUGCUUCGGAUAUAACAAAUCUACAAAAUUUCAAUUAUGUUCAGUUCAGUUCUGAUGCGGCUACUAUCGAGGACAAUGAUAGUGAAGUACCAAAUGAAACGAACAAAGGGGAGCAAUCAGAACCUAAACUGAAUAAUUUUGAAAGGUUGAAUCAAGAUCUCCAUAUUUCGUCCUCUGAAUCAGAUCCUCAUGCAACUGACGGUGACUCUGAUUACGUUCCAUCAGAAAAUGAAGAAUUAAUUGAUGAAAAUCAACAUACUUCUACUGAUGAUAACGAUACUGACCAUCAUAAAGAUGAUAGUGCUCAGGAAGGAGGGAAAACCAAUAAAGAGGUCAAAUUCCAAACCAGAAAAAGAAAACGAGAUGAACAGAAUUUGAGGGGAAAUAUCAUCAAAACUUCCAGGAAUAGAGGAAUGGCUUAUGAAAAUUGGAAAGGAACAUUACAGGUCGAAAGAACACUGAAAGCUCCAUGCACAAACUGUAGACGAAAGUGUGACUCAAAGUUCACAGAGGAACUUCAAAAAUCUAUAUUCACGGAGUUCUGGAAUUUAGGCGACAUAAAUAGACAGGGAUUAUCUCUCAAAGUUUAUUCUCAAGAAACAAAAGGGACGAACUCGCCAGCUGAAAGAAGCGAAGGAAAAUGAAAUUCCAAGUAGAAGACUCGAAGUAUGCAAUACAUUUUUUCUGAAUACUCUCAGCAUAAGUGGACAGAUGGUGGAGACUGUUUUUUCUGAAAUGGGACGUUCAGGUGCAGUAAUGGAAGACAGGAGAGAAAAAACGUGUAAGAAUAGCAAACUAGACGAGUCUGUGAAGAAGACUGUGAGGGAUCAUAUCAAUUCAUUUGAAACUGUAGAAAGUCAUUA